UAUACAGUAUUCAUACUAAUGUCUGAAAGCAAUCGAAAUGAAUCGUUGCCAGAUGAGGAUUCUUCUGAUGAUGGACUUUGGAAUGAAUUUGAGACUUGUGCUACUUCAGUUACUCAUCUUUAUCGAAAUUCCAAUUGGCGAACGCUUCAAUCUGCGGCUGCUUCAACGACCCAGCUUUAUAAGCAUGGACUGGAAAUGAAAAAACGUUCUUUUGAUCGUGGUUUUCUCAAAGGUCGUUUGGCUCUUUCUCGAGAAAUUUCUGCAAUGUGUCGCUACAAAAACAAAAUUGAUGUAGCAGAUAUUAUUGCUUUAUUAUCUAAAUAUGAUUUGUUGCCAACUGCCGCUUUUGGAGCCAAACAACAGCGUGGAAAUGAACAACCCAAUAUCGCGACAGCAGCAAUUCCAUCGGCCGAACACCCAGCUGGCGGAACUCAACAGGCAGUCUUUCUAUUUCAAGAGGUGCUUGAUCCACUGUCUAAUAGCAGCAAUUCACCCUUCACGGGUCCUUCACCCCAUCGAAAUAUUGGCCUUGGAAAUUUCCUUCAACAUCAAGUUCAUCGUCAUCGGAAACGACAUUUGCAUUCUUCUAAUGGGGGUGGAUCUCCAUGCAGUGGAUCAUUUGAUUUUGUUUCAAAACGUUUUAAACGUUUGUAG